GCAAAUAGAUUUGAAGAUAUAUAUCUUUGCAUGUAUUACUUUUUGUUAAAUACUAAACAAUAUCUCUUGAAUAAUAAGACUAUUUCUAAUACUGAGAAUUAUGUUGAUAAAUUUUUUGAAUAUGCUACAAAACAAAACUGGGUUAGUAAAAAUGAACCACUUUUUGAAGUAAACCAAUAUUUAAAAGAACCAAUUACUGCAAAAACUACUAACAUUUUUAAAUAG